AUGUUCAGUCUCUACCGUGAUCAUGACUCUGAGGCCUACAGGGUCACUGGGUCGGCAUUGGAGGAAGAUCUUUCGCUUCUUAGACGUCGAAUGAUCCAGGCCGGCAAAUGCUACUGUCUGCUCAUCUUGGCCACCCUGGGCUGGCUGGCAUUCACCCACACUCUCGAUCAUCAUCCCAACAUAAUGGAAUCGAUCAGCUUCACCAAGUUCAACCUGGACUAUCCAUCCCUCUCCGUCCAAGAGCUUUUCACCCACUUCAACCCGGUUGGCGAAUCAAUCCCUCCACUCAACGUCAGGCCUUACACCCAGAACGACUUUGACGGUACCCAAAAACCCGUCGAAAAGAUCACUCUCUCAAGAAUUGUCGGCCGGAAAUUCCGACUUAAUGACCGCAAAGCUAUAAGGAGGAUCUCUCACUGA